GACGGUAUCUUGAUAAAUAUUAACCUAUGUAAACAUUUACUAGUGAAAGUAAUUUGACAUACAAGUGCUGCAUUAAAAUCUUUGUACAAAUGUUUCUCUACUCAAAUGCCCCCGCGAGGCUUAUCGGUUAGAAAAUUCUUUUUUAGAUCUUAUUCCCAGAUUCUCACAAUUUUUGAUUAGCAGCAACCAAUGAGAAUGCCGCAUUAGCAAUUACAUGUGUAUGUAUAACGCAAUGGGAAUGCAGCGCAGAGUUGCUAUUUUCGACUUGUUUUUUACGCACGUAGUAAUUCUGCUCAGCUGUCGUACUGCUACGAGUGUAACUUUGGGAGUAUUUUGUCUGGACGGUGUAAUGAAAAUACGUAUAAAAAUCCUUUGUUUACGUUACCGUUUCUUGUGUGCGUAAAUUGUUAUAUACAGUUUCAUGUACAGAAGUUUGAGCCAAUGUUUCACCCUUGUGAAAAGGGAAUAAGUGUGUGGAAAAAUGUGGACUAAAAUUAAUAAUGUUUAUUAGUGGGUCAUUUCUUUGCGAUAAACAUAAGUUUCUUUUAAUGUGAAAAUCUGGGGAAAAACAACACAUUUCCUAUAGUGACGUCAUCUUACGCUUGGAAGGAUGAUUCCUCUACCCCCGGGUGCCGACGGACUAAGUCCCCCACCCUACUGUAAAUGUCAUCGAUUUAUAUUCUAUCCAUUUAUUACAGACUCUCUAGCAUACUGCCGAGUUGCCACAAAUUCACCGCCGGGAGCUCUGUUGGAUUCGUCGGCACAUGCGUCGGCACCUGAUUAUGAGCAGCAUUUGGAGGGAACGUUUAAGGUUGCACCACGAGAUAACGCUCCAAAACUUAUGGAUUCUAAUAUAACAUUGUGGCAGUUCCUUCUGGACUUAUUGGUUAGUAACAAACACAAGGACAUUAUUCAGUGGACAAACAAUGAAGGUGAAUUCAAACUUCUCAACCCGGAGGAAGUUGCAAACCUCUGGGGUCGCCGGAAGAACAAGCUUAAUAUGAAUUAUGACAAACUUAGUCGGGCAUUGAGGUACUAUUAUGAUAAGAAUAUUAUCAAAAAAGUCAUGGGACAGAAGUUCAUGUAUAAAUUUGUCUCAUUUCCUGAAAUUGUGAAAAUGGAAACUAAAGUCCCGUUUAAGCAAAAAAUGGAGACAUUGGCGCAGGAAUUUGGUCAACAAGUAUUUCCACAUUUAGCGUCUUAUAACUCAGCCAACAUAAAGUCGUCUGCUGAAAACGCGACACUUGGAUUUAUAAAGAAAGAAGAAGAAUCACCCGAAAGGGAAAAUGUCUCUCAGUAUUAUAACGAAAUGACCUAUAAAGAACAAAAUGUUCCUAAAAUUUCUAUGCGAUCACACAAUGGACAUUUGACGAUGAUGACGUCAUCAUCAGCAAUGUCCUCUUCUGUUUUGGUGUCUUCAAACGCAACUGUCAGCCACUCACAAAAUGCCUUACAUAGACACGAAAACAGCAAGACGUCAACGAAACCGAAACCGAAUCCGUUGAUGUUAAAUGUAAAUCCAUCCGUGCAGACGACAAUCACUACAGCCACGACCCAUCCGCUACUGAGUCCCAAACUUCUUCCGCCACAAUUCGCCACAAUGCAUAGCAAUCCAUUUGUCAUAGCAAGUCCAAUGGUAGGAGUUCCAAGAACGCCGAUACCUCUUCACUUUUGGAGUUCCCUCAGUCCCAUAGCAACGCUGAGUCCACGUUUAACGUCAUCCACUUCCGCUUUUCAGUUUCCUAUAGUCGGUGGUCAGUUACCACUUCCAAAUUUUAAUGCUAUUGAAGGCAAAUCAUCCCCAGUCGUUUCCUCGCCGACACAUAAAAUACCGGUUUUAUGAAAGACAAUAUUGUAACGAUAUUUUGUUCUUUAUAAAAGAUCCUGUAGCGGCAUUAUUUGGUGUUACAUUUGCCAAAAUCAAAAUAAACACAACGCGUAUUUUUUGAAAGUGUACUUUUUGAAAGAAAGUGCGUUGUGUUAAAUGAAAUAUCAAUAUUGAAUUUGUCUUUUAUGAAUGACUAUGUUAAGAUAUUAUUUGUGGGGUUCGAUAUGAAAAUUUAUGUUUUAAAGACACCUAUUUUUUUUAUUUUCGGAUGUGAUGAUUACAGGAACUUACCAAAAGAAAGACUAGUAGAUGAAUGAAUAUUUGUUGCUGGCCAUUGUCGGAAGCACAUUAUUUUUUACAUUGGCCUAAAUUUUUAUCAGAUAAAUAACUGAAAAAAAUGCAGGGAACAUAAUGAAAUAUGCGGUGAAAUAGAUGCGGAUAAGAUCUGGUUUGGAGAUAUUAAAUGUCUUCUUGAAAAUAUGUAAACAAUUUAUGAUUGAAAAAGUAAAUUUGGUGGUUAACAAGAAGGUUUUUCACGGAUGGCCAUCUUGGG